ACAGAAACACAUCCACGCAUAUACACACGAACGUACGCACACUCACUGAGCUCUUCUCCAACAGAGGAGAGAGCGUGAGCGCCGAGAGGGGGAUAAACAGAGAGAGAGGGAGACCAUAGGAACGCAGCAGCAAGCGGCUCGUGUGUGUGUGUGUGUGUGCGCGCGCGUGUGUGUAUAGGUACGCUCGCUCGGUGCUAGAGACGACUGGCGGGGCGGACAUGGAGGGGCUCGGGAAAAACGCUCGGAAGUGACCAAGAACCGUGACGAAGAGAGGGACACAGAGAGAGAAAGAGACAAGAAGGACGGACUGGUAGAGAGCACGGAAAGAAGGACGGAAGUGAGGAGAGGAGGAGAGAGAUAAGUCUGAGAGAGGAGAGGAAGAGUGUGAAGAAGGGGUUCAUCUGGAACACUAAGGAUCUUAAGGAGUGAGCCCUGGGCUGGAUGGGACCUACCAUGCCCCCCAGUAAGAAGGCCCAGAGCCCUAGUAGUGGAGCCAGUGCCUCGCAGGGCAUGAGCCCGCCAUACAGGCAGGGGGACGCUGCAGCGGCGGCAUCCGAGGCCGAGGCGGCCGACCUCUCCCUUUCCCUUUCCGCCUCCUUCUCCAAAGCCGAGGACGAGGAACUCACCAGCCUUUCUUGGCUCCACGAGAGCACCGACCUCCUCAACAGCUUCAGCCACUCCGGGCUGCGUAGCGUUUCCCCUCUUCAGGACCCCGACGGCCAGCACCCCCGCUCGCCCUCUUCCUCAUCUCCCUCCCCAGAUGACCCCCUGCUCGGCGACGGGCACUCACCGUAUGACUUUGCGGCGGGGGCAAACCGAAAACCUCCGUAUUCUUUCAGCUGCCUGAUCUUCAUGGCCAUCGAGGAUGCGCCAAACAAGCGGCUGCCGGUGAAGGAUAUCUACGGCUGGAUCCUGGAGCAUUUCCCGUACUUUGCAAGCGCCCCGACAGGUUGGAAGAACUCUGUGCGCCACAAUCUAUCACUCAACAAGUGCUUCAAGAAAGUGGAUAAAGAUCGUAGCCAGAGCAUAGGUAAAGGCUCCCUGUGGUCCAUAGAUCCGGAGUACAGGCACAAUCUGAUUCAGGCACUGAAAAAGACGCCGUACCAUCCCUACUCGCCCAGUCUGGCUGCCCCUUCCACUUCCCCACCCACCCUACCACAGACGUUUCACCACAGCCCUCCAUUGUGGUCGGGGAGUCCCCUCUUCAGAAAGAACGGAGGAGUUCUCCUACAAGUUCCCCGUGGAGUGAUUCAAAAUGGCGCCCGUGUCAGGAGCCAGGCCCUCUUCCCGGUUAUCCGACCCCUGCCUGUGAGCCCUGUGGGGAGCAGAACCUCGGCCAUUAGAUCAUCCCUGGGAGAUUAUCUAACCCGAGGACAGGACAGUCCAUCCUGCUAUUCGCCUCCGCCCUGCGGCGAGGACCUCCAGGACGACCACACUUACAGCACCGCCAAGUCUCCCAGCAGGCUGUGCUCCUCCCAGGUCGAAGACUCUUCCUCUCCUCUAGACGACGAUGACAUCAUCGCCGUGGAGAUCCAGUCGGACGUUAAGCCCGAGCCCAGGGAGAUCCCGCUGGAUUCACACAUCCCCACUGCCGCCGCUGCCGCCUACAUUUCCCAGCAGCCCCUGCGCGGACAGAGACGUAGCUCAGGGGCGGGGGCUGGGACUCUGCCGGGCAGCAGUUUGCCCUGGACCAAAAACCGAGCGAGGGGCAUUAGCGACACACUGCCGCUAAAGAAGCGGCGCGCGGUGGAGAAACCGCCGGAGAGCGACGAUGAGGAGAUGAAGGAGGCAGCGGGGUCACUGCUCCACCUGGCGGGGGUCAGAGCCUGCCUCAACAACAUCACAAACCGCACCGCCAAGGGCCAGAAGGAGCAGAAAGAGGCCCUGAGAAACUAAAACACACACAGAACAAAUACUGUCAUGCAAAACACACACACACACUAACACACACACUUACAGUACAAUACACAAAUAGGUCAACAGGUAACGUUACUACAGCAUUAAUCUGAACAGACACUUGUCAUCUCCCUCUAUCUAUCUGCAGGGCAUUAGGUGAAUCCUACUUAUUUGUGGCAAUAUCAAAAAUCUAUGUUUUCCUACAUGUUCAGCAACACUAACAUCAGUGGGUAUUUCUCAUGUUGUCUUUGUUUUUGUUGUUUAAAAAGGGGAUGAAAGCCAUAAAAAAAAGCAUGUUCUGUCACUAAUUUGGACAAGCCGAAAAAAAAAAAAAAAAAUGACAAGAGUCCCACCGAGGAGCACAGCAACAAAGAAGUGGCUGUUUUUCUUUCUUUUUUCUUUUUUUUUUUUUUUUUUUAUUUGGCUUACCUGUUCGUUUCCACGUGAACCUGUAGCAAAUCUCGCAGUGAUGCCCGGCAAAAGAGGGGCGGAGACUCGGGAGGCUCCCGAGCAUCACUCUCCUUUACACCCACGAGCACAAAUGUGAGACUGUGCCAAAGAUACGGGGUUGCUUCAUGUAGCCGAUGCGACAGCUGACGAGAAAUCUUUUUCUUUAAAUAAAGCAAGCGAAGACAUAGUAGUAAAAAGCUAGAGAGAGUGACAUUAAGUGUCAAAUAAAUGUAAAACCCAAUGUGAUAUAUAAUCAUGCACUUAAGAUUAUUUUACGCCACUUAUACUAAAAGCAUCAUGGGUAAAGACGUGGAUUAUUUCAAGAGCACUCAUAGUAUUUAAGAUAAAUAUAUUGAAAUAAAAAAAGGUCAUGUUUAUCACCAUAGAGAUGGAUAGUGUGCCGGGUCUGAGGCAAUAUCUCCUUCAUUUUGUUGUUGUUGCAUUAAUGUAAACAUCCCAAAACGUUUCUCAGUAAAGCUGUCCAUAGACGUAGACACCUGGCCUAGAUAUCAUAGCUACCAGUAGCUGCCACAACCUUCCUGCUUAUCUGACACUGUCCAAGAACUCUAUACAUGAACUGUGGGUUUCAAUUUUUCUGUUCGUGUCUGUUUACCCUCACUCUACCCUCAUAAAGAUAUAAGCAAUUUGUCCUGUGCGGACAACUCUGUAAAAAGGUUAGAAAAUAUUUUAUUUUUUUCCUUUCUUAAUUGAAGCAAUUUGACCUGCAGGACUUUCUCAGUUAUAUUGCAUGGGUGCUUGUAAAUAAGAUAAAAAGCAAAUCUUUUUUAUUCAAAGAUCAUGUAAGAUAAACGAUGUAUUUAGCAUGAAGCAUGACUUAUUUUCAUAUAAACCUUGAUCCUAGGGGAAAGAAAAAAAAACUUUUUUCCGCUGAUUCUUAUACCCGUGGUUAUAUUGGAUUUUUUUUUUUUUUUGUUUUUGUUUUUUUUUUUUUAGUUUGUUUGUUUUUUGUUCUUUUUCAUUUAAUUUAUCUUGAGCGGGCUUUCAAAGACACGUCUUCAGGGAGGAAUGAGGAAGAUCACUCUGCAAUUAGAUGCCCACCCACCCACCCUCCCCUGCCUUGUCCUCUCCUUCCCACACCCCCUGAGGGUGCCACCUCUGGGCUUCGGGUUCAGGCUACGUAGGCCAGCCAGCAGAAUCACCUCUCAGGGGAUGGGCUUCCGUCUUCUUCUGCCUGUACAGUGAUUUUUAGGUGUUCAGUGUUACCCGCCGGUGUUAUUUAAGAACACGUCUGUGGAGUGUGUGAGUUUGUGUGCCCAAGAACACACACCCUUUAACAUUGUGCCUGCCUGCCCUCUGUAUCUCUGUUGCCAUAACAGAGUGUUGCCUGUCUUUAUUUAUAACAGUAUUUUUUUUUCUUUUCGUUUUGUUUUUUCUCAAAAGUGUGUAAAUGUACAUGUGUCUUUAACUCUCCAUCAACAUUGUUCAGUGUAAAUGUGCAAAUCAGAUGGGCAUGGAAAACGUUGUAUGUGUCCUGAAUGAAACUUCAUAUCCAAAAACAAACAAAAAAAAAAAAAAAAAAAAAAAAAAAAAAACACAAAACAUGGCUACCUGGAAGUUAGAUGUCAUGAAUGACCAGUUUGUUUUUCUAAUUUGCAAACAGUAUUUUAACCCAUUGUUUUUUAAACAAAAAAGGAGAAAGAAAAAAAAGACUUGCCGUUGUGGAUGUCAAGCCUGCAAGAGCCCAAUCUGAUGAUCAGAGGUUGUUUUGUUUUUUUUGUUUUUUUAUCUUCAAUGUUUUGCCACUCUGCAAGACGUGUGCACAUCCCACCUCAUGACAUCAAUUUGAUUGCAACAUGUUGAUGUAGACUGGCUUAACAGGGAUGCAUGAAUGUUAAUUUUUUUAUGCAGCAGUCAAGAGGAAGCAAGCUUCAUGGGUGCAAACAUGGGCUGGGUUUGUUUAUAGCAGCAGAGCCAGACGAGGUUUUUGUUCAAGCUGAAUAGAUGCUGAGCGAUUGUCAGCGAGCCAAGCGGGAAAACAAAAUGCAUGUCCCAAACGCUGGUACAGUCCUUUUCGCCACCUGUAGCAUGCAUCACCGGCUUUGCAUUCUCUAUCCAUGCCAACGUAUUUAAAAAAAAAAAAAAAUAGGAAGGAAAAAAAAAUAGGAAACAGCGUCAGUGUUGUGGUUGUGUGCCAUCCGUCUCCUUGUCUGAUAUCUGUCUGAGUGCCCUCAUGGCCCGGGUCAAGCACUCUGCUGUGUUUCAUAUAACAAUUCAGUGUUGUGACGAGUUUGGCUGGCAUGUUGCUUUAGCAACCAUCUUUUUUGUCCUCUGGCUCACUUGUCAACAUGCAGGAAAGAUGGACUCCUGGCCUACAAGUACGAGUCUUUAACGCCUGCGAAGAAAACCCACAACACUGCCUGAAAAGCCCCCGAAACAAAACCUGCCAAACAAAAAGAAAUUGUUGCCAUUCUGUUGUAUGCUUUUUAAAUUUGCUGUCUCUGAUAAAAACGACCUACAAUACUGCCAUGUUUAGUUGUUUUUAUCUCUUUUCAGUAACUGUCUGAGCUGAGUAUCAGAAAGCCAUAGGUUAGAGAUGUCAAAAUGAGAUGUGAUGCAGAGUACACCCGGGUAUUCUUUUGUUUUUGUUUGUUUUUUUGUUUGUUUUUUUUCUUUUAUCUUUUAGUAAAUGUUCAGUUUUUCUCCUUAUUGUGCAAUCACAUUGCCAAAGAAUGAUUUCGAGACCUAUUUCAUCACUACAUGUAAAUAUCAACGUUGUCCAAUACCGUGGCAAAAAAAAAAUAUAUAAAUGUUGUUUUUAUUUUUGUUUUCCAUUUUCUGAAAAACUACAAUGAUGUUUAUGUGAUGUAUUGUCUUCCAGUUGGUUGCAAUAAUAAAAAAAAAAAUAAAAUAGAAUAAAAAAAUAUAUAUAUACAAGUCGGA